CUAAAGGAUGAACAGUCCUAUGAGCGCAAACUGACUGACCAUGCACAGACACUGGUAAACAAGAUAAAAAAUCUGCUGAGGAACUUGCCUUGUGAUCUUCAUGCACUGCCAUCCAAACUGAUAAACAGUCUUUUGCAAGAUACCUCUCUUAGAGGCAUAUGCAAAAUGCAUUGUGGGGAUGUGCCACACUUUGAAAAUGCUUUGAAAAGUGCACAGGCUAAAUUCAAAACAUUUAAGCACAGGCAGAAUCAAAGCAAAGCACUUCUUAAACUAUGUAAUGGUGUUAUUGAUGUUGAUGCAAGGCAAAUUAAAGAAGCCUUAGAAGUUGACUUGACUGAAGAUGAAAGGCCUCUUGACCAUUUGAUGGAACUGUGGGUGGAUGAGGGAAAGGAAGCUGAGAGAAAUAUUAGCAUUCAAGCAUUUGAGAAGAUUGAAGUUGCUUCCGAGAGUACACUCUUCAAAAAGCUGUGGGUCUGUAACGUGCAAAGGGAAACGUUUCUUAAUGCUCCUCCAAUAUCACUGCAUCAGCUACAUGAGAAGGUUUACACGCCCACCAUAGAUGAAUACUCCAGAACCCAUCAAGCUCUUAAAAGCAUGUCAAUGCUGGUGAACGUGUUUGAUGAGAUAUUUGGAAAAGAUGAAGUAGACAUGAUAAAAGCUGAGCUUAAUGUAAUGGGAAAAUCCUUUGGAGACAGUGCACAGACUGCAUGGAUCACAGACACUUGUGUUCAUAUUCAACGGUAUCGAACACUGCAGGGCGUCGUGGAACCAGCAACGAUGAUAUAUGCAUUGCAGGAAGGCCUCAAGCUGACUGGAGACUUCAGCCCCCUAAGGGAUUUUCAGGUUGACUGCUUCAGAGUGAAAUCCUUAAAGGAUUUCUCUGAGGAAAUGGAGACCACUGGCAACAAACUCAUAGUUCUCAAUAGCGGGGUUGUUUGCCUGUUGGAGGAAUUGCUUAGCUGUGUGAAGGAAGACUUCAUCAACUGGAUUAGGUCCAUUAUAAAAGAUCAAAAAGAGCUCAAGGUAUUUGUGGAAUUGGCCUCUGCCUUUGCUGGAGAGAAAACAAUGGACAUUGAUAAGGUCCGAAACUUCAGAGAUUCUGUCUUUGCUUGUGCUCCAAUCAUCUAUGAUCUUGAUAAAAAUGCAGGAUUUCUCAAACUGAUCAAAAAGAUCACAAUCCUUAAGGAGUCCACUGAUAAGGAUGCUGAUCUUCCACAGAAACUGCGGGACUCCUGUGUGCAUAAACCAUGGCUGGAGGCGGCCCAUGCUGCACAUGGCUCGAUCGCUAAAACAUCUCUGCUGCAGGCUACUGAGAUCAACAAAAAUGGAGUCUACAUGAUCAAACAGUCCUCUACACAUGGCAUUGUGAAACUGGAUGACUGCAUUGCCUUACAUAUUGGAGAAAAAUCUUCUGUAAACCAAGACAUUCAGUAUAAAACAUACAACCUGUCACAGCUUCAAGAACUUCAAAACAUGCUGAUGCUCAUCACUGCAACUGAUGAACAAACCGAGUCCAUCUCUCAGUAUGUUGAGGUGUUAGAACAAAUAUUGCAUGCUGGAAAGCUGCUAAUUAAUCUGACUGAAGCAGGCCAUAUACUGUUCACAGACUGGACUCUUAGAGCUUACUGUGAUGAAAAACAUAAAGUCAAAGUACAUAUUGACUUUGGACUUACUGGCAUGACAAUCACAGGACAUGGGGAAUUGCUUGUGGAGCUUACUGGUGUAUGUAAAAGCAUGCAGGAUUGCCUCGACAAAUGGCUAACCUAUACAACAAAACACAGAGAUGAGUACUACUUUCUCAAUUACUUCACAGCCAAACAGCUUGUGACAUUGUGUUGUUCAGUGGCAAAUUUGCGAAAUAACGAAAAUGUCGCUACAGGAGUACUGACUAUGCUGUCUUUCAUAAAGAAGAAUGUCACUGAAAAAGAUUUGAGAGAUGCUUUCACUGCAGCACUCAAAACUCCAUUGCAAAAGCCAGCUAUGUUGAAUCUGCGAUCACCCCAUAUUAAGGAUUUUCUUGGGAAAUUUCCAGAAAUCAUUGAUUAUGUUGUUCAAGCUGGGUACACUGAGGAGGCUGCCAAAGCAGCAGUCAUGCAAUGCAAAAUAGAGAAAGAAGAUGAAGAAGAUUUUCAAGUGGAUGAAGAAGCUGUGAUGGAAUGUGUUUAUGAAUACAGCACUGAUGAUGAAUGGGUAAAAGCAAAGAGUAAAGACUAUGAGGAGGAAAGGAAAAAUGUUUUUCAGAACCAGAUGAAAUUCAUUGGGGUUCAAUCUCCAGAACAAGUGCAACCAACAUUUUCACAGGAAGAUAUGAUCAAAAUGUUUGAGGGCCUCAAGUCCUGUAAAGAGAAGAUCACAAUACUGUGGGAGACAUACAGUGGAAAACUCUCAGGACUUGUGUCAGAUAAAUAUGCAGGGCUGGAUCUGGUAGGGGAAACCCUGAAGCAGUUGGCAGAAAUUGAGGAAGACACAGUCCAAAGGAAACUCACACGCCAUCUUGAAAGAGGCAGACCAAAUCUUGUGUCUUGUAGUGAUGUGGAGAUGUUGCCCCAAUGUCUGUCUCUUUACCUCAGUGAGGAGCAACCUCUGCCGACCUUUGAUGAAAUUCUGAUUUGCACCACUGAGACAACAGCAGAGGAGGUAGAGUUGAUCAUCCGCAGAGCAGUGCAACCAGAGAGCCGACAUGAUAAAAUCUACUCUCUAUUAAAUGCUGACAAACUGAAUCAUGAGGUGUCUAGAACAUUAGAAUCCUCUUUUUACCGGUUCUCCCAGAGUCAAGAUCUCACUGUGGCAAAAGAUUACAGCUUUGUCAUAUUUUGCAAUGCAGAAGCCCACCACAGUUAUGUUCUGACAGCAUUUGAUGAGUACAGAAGAACAGUCCCUUCCCAGAGUUAUGGAGAAAUUCAAAAACUCCUGAGGAUACAGCAUGCACUUUCAAGUGCAGUUCAAUUUACAUCUAUCAUCCAAGAGCCAUUUCAGCAAAGCAUCAAAAUGAUUGUGUCUGCCAGAGCUGGUAUGGGAAAAACACUGUUUGUGAACAAUCUUGUGAAAAGAUCGUUGGAGAUAAUGAAAGACCAGGGAUUCACACACAAAACCAUCAGCCUCACUGAAUCAGAGAUACAACCAGGGUACAUUUUUGACCAGCUGAGACCAUAUGAAGACAAACCAGAGGAUAAAGUCCCAAGAGUCUUCCAUUUUGAUGUACCUCCAGUGGUGUGUAAUGGACUCUACUCAUUCCUUGUUCAGCUGUUUGUGCUGAGAUGUUUCCAGAGCACAGAUGGCUCCAUCUGGAGAUGCAAAGACUGUCACCUCUAUUUAGUAGAGUUUACAGAGAGGAAAGUGACUCAAAGAGAAAAUGCAGAGAUGUCCACGAAGAUGUCAGAGUGUUUAUUGGAAAUGUUCACAAUAGUCAGAUGUUUAUCACCAAAUGACACGAAAGAACAUUUGAGUGGAAAGUGUGGCAUGAUUUUUACACACAAUGAAUGUCAAACCAUGGAUGUUACUGAGUUCAGGAGUGAGGCAUUUCAAAGACCUUUCCAAUACCUGAAACAGUUUAGACAGAAUACACUUGAACAAUUCAAAUUUGACCCAAACAUGUGUGCUGAUUCUCCUGUGGUGUGGUUGGAAUGCCUAUUGUAUUAUUGUGAGAUUAAGGACCCCUCCUGGAUGGAGAUUCGGAAUUUCACCCACUUCCUUAAUGUGCAGCUGGAGAAAUGUGAAAACUCUGUGUUUUGCUCCGAUGCAUUAAGAGAUGACCUGACUGGAUUUAGAACAUUUGUUGUUAACUUUAUGAUUGCAAUGUCUCGAGAUUUCACUAUGCCAUCAUUGAGUAUGUCUGACGAAAGUGCCCUGUCUGGAAGAAGUGGAGAUGAAGACAUUCUCAGUGAAUAUCAAAUUAAGAGACGAUGGGAACAGCAUUCUCAUCCAUACAUCAUGUUUAAUGCUGAUGGUGUGUCCAUGUCCUUCUUGGGGUUCCACAUCCGAAAGCUGAAUGCUGUUGAUAUCCGUACUGGAGAAGUAAUUAUGCGUAACAUAAUAUCUCGCACAUUACUAACACAACUGAACCACCAAGGAGUGCCGAUUAACAUUGACUUCAACAACUUGGCUCGAUCUGAUCAGCUUGAGAUUUUAUGCAGAGUGCUUGGUGUCAGCAGUGUGAAAGACCCAGAUGAGUCUUAUCAGCUAACACUGGACAACAUCUUGAAAAUUCUUGCCAUUCACAUGCGAUUUCAGUGCAACAUCCCUGUGAUCAUUAUGGGAGAAACUGGAUGUGGUAAAACUCGGUUGGUCAAGUUUAUGUGUGAUUUGUUGAAAACAGAAAAACAGAAGAUGAACUUGAUUGUGGUCAGAGUCCAUGGAGGCACAACAUCUGAGCAAAUCUACAAGAAAGUGGAACAGGCCAUUCAUAUUUCAAAACAAAAUGAAAAACUUGGCAUGGACACUAUUCUCUUUUUUGAUGAAGCAAACUCAACAGAAGCUGUGUAUGCCAUCAAGGAAGUGAUCUGUGAUAGGACAGCCAAUGGAUUCAAAAUUGAUGCUCCAAGGCUCAAAUUUGUUGCUGCAUGUAACCCUUACAGAAAGCAUACCCAGCAGACAAUAGAACAGCUAGAGAGAGCUGGACUGGGUUACAGGGUCCGUGCCGAAGACACAAAGGAGAAGCUGGGUCGCAUUCCAAUGAGGCAGCUUGUGUACAGAGUUCAGCCAUUGCCACCCAGUCUGUCACCACUUGUCUGGGACUUUGGCAAGUUGAAUGAGCACACUCAAGAACUCUACAUCACGCAGAUGGUCCGUGCUUUCUUCAAAAAGGAAAAUCUCUCGAAGAAAUAUGCAACCGUAUUCACAAAAGUGAUCUCUGUAUCUCAGAGGCACAUAGCAGGUUUAGCAAAUGAAUGCCGGAUGGUGAGCCUCCGAGACAUUGAACGAUGCAUGAAAACAGUCAUGUGGUUUUAUCAGCAAAGGAACACAUUGUACCCUCUUAUCGACAAGAAAGAUGAGAGGGAAGUUAAGGUGAAGGGUUUCCACACUGAUGACAUUUUACGCUCCUUGAUUCUUGCAGUUGGAGUGUGUUACAGUGCAUCACUAGAGCACCGUAAGAAAUACAUUGAAGAGGUUGCAAAAGUCCUUUCCUUAACAGCCACUGACAUGAUGAAAGAAAUAGACCUCUGCCAGGAGGUUUUCAUUGAAAAUGUAGAUUUCCCAAGUGCAACAGCAAAGAAUGAUGCCCUGAAGGAGAAUGUCUUCAUGAUGAUAGUGAGCAUGAAUCUGAGAUUGCCUCUUUUUCUUGUUGGAAAACCAGGAAGUUCUAAGUCACUCUCAAAAACAAUAGCUGCAGAUGCUCUGCAAGGAAAGUCCUCACGUAGCAAUCUCUUCAGAAGCUACAAACAAGUUCAACUCCUUUCAUUUCAGUGUAGUGCCCAUUCAACAUCUGACGGGAUUAUCUCCACUUUCAGACAGUGUGCCCAGCUUCAGCUAAAACAGAACCUGGAUGAAUAUGUCUCAGUAGUUGUGCUUGAUGAGAUUGGAUUAGCAGAAGACUCUCCCACAAUGCCACUGAAAACAUUACAUCCUCUCCUUGAAGGUGGAUACAUUGAUGAUGAGGAGCAAGACGAUUCCAUGAAAGUUGGAUUCAUUGGAAUUUCGAACUGGUCCCUGGACCCAGCUAAGAUGAAUCGUGGUAUACUUCUGCUUAAAACAUCUCCAGGAGAAGAUGAACUGAUCAAAACAGCCAAGGAAAUUUGCAAAUGUGCUAAACCUUCAACUACAGACAUAGAGGAAAACAUUCCCAAACUCACUCAGGUUUAUUCUAUAAUUUUGGAAAUGGCACAAAGCCCUAGUGACUUCUAUGGGCUCAGAGACUAUUAUAGUCUCAUCAAGGUGAUUGUGACCUAUGCACGGAUGUCAGACACUGAACUAUCAAUGGACACUCUUGCAAAAGCUGUUCAAAGAAACUUUGGAGGUCUAGAUUCUGAAGUUAAAGCUUUGGAAAUAUUUAACAGUAUUUUUCAGACCACAUGCAAACCAACCAAAACCAUUGACCUGGUGAAGGAGAAUCUUGAAACAGAAAAGUGGAAAGACCUAGAAACAAGAUAUCUUUUGCUUCUCACAAGUAACAAUGCCGCCCUUUCAAUCUUGCAGAGGCUGAACGCUAUUGACAAAAAUUACACAGAAAUCAUCUUUGGUUCUGGAUUUCCACUCGACCAAGAGUAUUCACAGGUCUGCAGGACAGUGAACAGAGUGAAGACAUGCAUGGAAACAGGAAGGCCUGUUGUGCUGCUGAACAUUCAGAGUCUCUAUGAGAGUCUGUAUGAUGCCUUGAACCAGUGCUAUGUCAAACUAGGCGGGAGUAAUUAUGUCGACAUUGGACUUGGGUCUCAUCGUGUCAAAUGCAAAGUCAGGGAGGAAUUCCGCCUUAUUGUCAUUGAGGAGAAAAGUGUGGUGUAUACACAGUUUCCAUCACCACUGCUUAGCAGGCUUGAAAAGCAUUGCUUGGACAUGUCAACAAUGCUCCCUGAGGAUACAAGAAAAAUCCUUGGAGACUUGGAAAAUCAAAUUAAGACAAUGUUUUUGAGUGAAAGUGAAACCCGUCAAACUCUUUGUGAUGUUUUGAUUGGUUUCACUAGUGAUUCCAUGUCAUCAGUAAUAUUGCAGUGCUACCCUCCAUCUCCCCCUGAGUGGGACUCUUCAAUGAAAAAUGAUAUCAUUCAACAAGCAAAGGGAAAAGCAAUACAGUGUGCAACUCUAGAUUCCAUUCUAAGGGUGACCAAGGACAAAGAGGCUGUCCAAGAGCUGUACUUCCGUCAUCAGACUCAUAUCAAUCUGACUGAUGUGAUCAAGAAACAUAGGAGCACUAGUGACAAAGGAUUGUGUCUAGAGGUGUCAACUUAUUCUCGACUCCUAAAUCAAAGAGAUUUGAAAUCAUUGAACAAAGAACUGAACAUUUCCCAACACCAAUCUCAUCUGUUUCGACUUCAAGAGUUUCAGACAGAGCAGGCUUUUUGUGAUGGACUGAGAGAACGCUUCCAAUCAAGUGCUGGGGGAAGAUUGCUCACUUUGAUUCAGUUCUACUUUGAAAAUCCAAAUCUGAGUCAAAGACUUCUGUCUUGUACCAGGUACUGCAUCUCAAAACUUGUGAGAGAAUUCCAGGAAAAGACCACAGUUGAUGUUAUCUUGCUAAUAAGAAUUCCAAGAAUAUCAGGAGGAUGUGGAUAUACUGCCUUUAUUGGAGAUGAUUGGGACUGUGCCCAUUUGGACGAACUUAUCCCCACAAAAGGGCUGACAUCAGACAUGGAGAAAUUGUGUAGAAUGUCAAUACCUGAAGUCUUCAAAGAGAGCAUUGAAAGCAGUGAAGAUUCUGACACCAGCUCUGAUGCCUCAAAACAUAAUGGAAAGCAGAUGCUUGCCACACGGCUUUUGAUCAAGAUGUCCAUCCAAAAGGCCAUUGUGAAGCUGCGAGACAAAACAGAUAAUUCUCACAGAGCAAAAGCAAGAAUUGAUAUUCUUCAUGAUUUGCUUCACCAAGGCAGUGAUGUCUCGAAAAGGUUUUUCAAAGCCCUGGAGAAGAGAAUUGCAUCUGUCUUAACUACCCAAGAGCAGUCAACAUCAAACUGGGUCAUUGCUCAAGCCAAGUCCAAAAGUUUUGUGGUUGAAGGGACAUCAUUUCGCCAUGCCUUAUGGAUUCAUCUGGAGGACAGAAUUGCAUCUGCAAUGGCUCAGGUCUUGGCAACAGCUGAUGGAGACAAUAACUUGGAUCAUGUUGCCAUUGGACAGCCCUCAGACAAAACUGAUCUGUGGCUACAGAUCUUCCAGAGUGAAGAUCUCUUGUCUAUUUCAGUUCUGCCAAAAUCAACAGAAUCCUAUUCUGUACUGUCCUCAAGCAAGUCACAAAAAAAAUCAUUGUCCUUUAGUUUCCCAUUUAUCUGGGUUGUGAAGGCAAGAUUUGACCAAAUAUGGAAGCAGGUCCAUGAUCUUCCAGAAUCAAUGAUUUCAACACAGAAGCAAAUACAGAAAUGUGAGGAACUGAUCAAAUUUCCCUGGUUGUUUGGCAUAAGAAAAACAAAUUCACUGUUUGGAUUGUAUGCAGAGGAUCUGGCCAAAAUGCACAUGCCAGAGUGCCCACAGCAGCUCAAUCAGUCAUUUUCAGUUGUCCUUGUUGAACUUGCUGCAAACAUGUACAAAGACCUGACAAUGGAUGAUCCAGAGAAUGUCACUUUGCUUUGGCUCCAUGUCACCUAUGAGAACAUGCAUGACAAUCAUCAAAUACUCUACAAGCUAUCACAACAAUGCAGUGACCAGUUUGACAUCAGUCAGGCUCGAGAAGCCACAGAGGCAACAAAUCUUCUACUGGAAAAACUUCAGCCCAGCAAUGAGCUCCUGAAGGAUUACCCCAGCUGCAUGGACUGGCUGAAGAGGGUAAAGACGGUGUCAACGACGGUAGAAUGCAUUCUUUCUGAGGAUUCUCUGAUCAAACAUCACUGGUCAGAGGGAGAGAAAAUUAUUAAGAACUUAAGAAUGCUGUGGCACAGGACACAAAUAGUCUACCUAAUUAUGGAUAAUCUCUUGCAAGAUGAACAGCUCAUGGAAGACAGACUGCUCAAGAUUGUCACAAAGAAUUUCAUAUUGCUUUGGAAGAUGAUUGCUAAGAAAAAUAUGGAUAUGGAGCUUACAUUUAAAGAGGUGACCCGAAUGCUGAAGCAAUGCAACAUCAACGCCUGCAACAUCUACCUGAAAGGAACCAUCGACUGUAUAUCUUGUGGAAACGAAUUCACUGACCCAGUUGAACUGCCAUGUGGCCAUAUUUUCUGCAAACCUUGCAUAGAUUUAGUAGAUGCCAAAAGGUGUUUCACAUGUGGUGAAACAAUAAAUGCUGAUUACAAACCAUGUGAGACAGUGCAAAGGGAAGCAAUGCAUAAGCUGAGUAAAUUCAGGAGCCAUUGCAAUACCUUUUUUGUGGAAUUUAUCCUGAAGUGCUGUGUUGGUGAAGAUAUCUGUGUGCCUGAUGGAGUGGUGAAUUUACUUUUGGACUUUGUCAGGGGGAACACCAGAAAACAAGCCACAGCCUCCAGUAGGACGUCUGAACUUUCUCCAUUUCAUGAAUGCAUGGACCCAAGUCCAGCUGUCCAGUCUUUGGUGCUAAAAAUACUCCUCAGAGGCCGGCUGGAUGAAAUGGGGAAACACUUGCAGAGAUACAUCGAGGAGGCUGCGAAAUGCAAUGAGAACAAUCUUGAAGAGUUCUAUUUGAUGGUUGUCCGCAGCACAGAGGAUCAGAUACAGACAUCUUCCCGUGAGGUUAUGGUCCAGAAAGCCUUAGAAUAUCUGAACUUCAAUACCUCCAUUCUUUCAAACCCAGGAAUGAAUGUGACGUUUGAGGAUUUGCACUGCAUUGCCAAAAUACGAUUUGCUGUCACUGUUGCCUCAGAUAUCAUUGGAGGCUCGAAAUCAUUGGAUGUGCUAGCUGAAGGCAGCCACGAUGAUACAUCUGUUCUAGUUCAAAGGCUUGAGUCGAUUGUUAUGAAGAACCAGUGGAUCCAGAUAUUCCUUAUUCGAAACGUGUGCAAUGUCUUUGGUUUUAAAAUCAUUAAGCACAUUCUCCAGAAUGCAAAAUUACAAUGGAUUCUUGUAAAAGACCUCCGGGACAAAAAGGGUGACCCUACAUGUACCUGUGGAAGGUUUGCUGUAUAUGGAGAAAUGUUUCAAAAGAUAAUCCCCGGGGAGAAACUCAACGAUGAGGCUGAUGGGGAGACUGAAGUGAUGUAUCCUGUCUGUGCAGUCCUGGCAGCAUUCAGACAACUUGUUCACAACAACACAUCUAUCACAGAUCAAAGCUCUCUUAUUGCACAAGUGUAUAAAGAGGCGACACACAACAGAAACUGGAAAAACAUUUCUGUGGUCUGCCAGAGGAUAUCUCAGAAGAGUCUCGCUCGACUGUCAGAAAAGCUCAGCUUUUCUCACGACUCCAGUUUAACACCAAUCGUCAUUCACACAGCAGCAGUGGUGUAUCAGUCCACAGCCCCUGAAAUGGAACUCCUCAAGACUCUUUGUACACAGCCCAAAAGUGUCAUGCAAACCUUCUUACCAACUAUGCCUGAUAUUCACUAUAACAAGAAAGAAUUGGGAGGUGGAGGUAUAGGAAAGUUGUGGAAGUGCAAAUGUGGACAACCAGUUGUGCUUGAAGAUUGUGGUAGGCCAUAUGUCAAAGCCAAUUGUCACAACUGUAAUGGGGAAAUUGGUGGUGCAGCACAUAUACCAGUGAAAGGCUUCAAAGAAGUGACUGAUGCUGAUCAGAUGGGCCAUAUCCUGGGAGAUCCAAGCAGUCGUACAUACCCAGGCUGUGAGAGGAGUUUGUCAGGAGCAUCACUGUGCCUUGUUAGAGCACUCAUACACUCCUGUAUGCUAUGGGCAGCAAGUGAUGAACUUGAGGACAUUAAUCUCAUUUUGAAACCAGACUGUGAUGUUGGAUAUCUGUGUGAUCAUCUUCAGAAGGACAUUGAGCUGCUUGCUAGUGUCCUGGGAAAGAGUACAGAAGAUGCUGAAAUUGCAGUCCACAUGUUUUUGAGAUACCUCAUGGAAAGCACCUCAGUUGACCCUGGCUUUGAAAUUCACAGCACUGACACAAGAAAGAAGAGAAAUCAAUGGGAAAACCACAUGCAAACAAAGACAAGGGCUUUCUUUUUGGAAUUUGAUCAAAAGCUCUCAAAGGUGCACAGUGACAUUCUGCUCAAUAAUCAAGGAGACAUCUUAGUAAAUAUUCUAUACAGCAAAACACCACUGCUGACAGAUUUGUCCACCAAAGGCAUAUUCAACCUCCCACUCAUGUGGAGAUAUGAGCAGAGAAUGACCAUCCAACGCCUCACUCACUUGGUGGAACUGGGAGAUGGAAAUGAAGAGUAUCCAGUACUUUUAGAACUUCUCAGAAAACAUGGCCACAUUCAGCACAUCAGACAUUUACCUCAGAUCCUGAGUCUUCAGCUGAAACUCAUGCUCCACUUUCGCUAUACUGAUUUAGUCGACCUGAAAGACAUAUCAGUGGAAGAGUUCCUGACACAAGCCCCACCAGCUGAGAUACUCCUACUUGAAGAGGGUUUGAAGAAGCUGAUGAAUGUGUGGAAACAUGUGAAGGACUCUUCUUAUCUUGAGAUUCCACCUGACUUGAGACAGAAGGAGGAAGACAGCAUCAAGAUUCCUGACCUUCUGCCUAGAGAAAACUCUUUAACCCGAAUAGUCGUGAGAUUUCUUGCCAGAAUGCAGAAUGACUGCAUUAAUAGUGCCAAGAUCAAAGAAACCGGAACAAUGAAUGCUGAAGACCUCAAACCCUCCCAUGUAAUCACAUGUGACUUGGAGGAGGAUUUUCUCCCAAUGGCCAUUACCAACUUUGGAUACAUUGUGAAUGAGGAUGGCACAGAGACCACCAACUACAAUUUCAAAACCCUGGAGAAUCAGUUGAUUAGUCGCUUCAUCAGUGAGAAGCCACUCAUUGACCUCUCUACAUUACCAUUAAUGGAAGGUAAUUCUGUGACAACGUUGCAGUGUUUCUUCAUUAAAGUGAAAUCUGAUCUGGAACCCUUGUCAGUCCAAGACAAGAGUUACAUCAUGAAUGAAAUGAGAUUCCUCCAUGACAUCUCUGCUGCUCUGUCCACCCUGAGAAUCGCCAUCGGGUUCCUGGAGUUGUCCUUCAGCUCCAAAGACAUGCCGUUAGUGGACUAUAUGAAAACUGAGCUAAGAAUGGAGGACAGAGCCCAGCACCUGGAACUGCCGGUUUUGAGAACCAGCCAAGUGAAGCAUAUUCAGUCUCUAUGGGAAACUCUGUCCACCAGACGCUCAGCUCUGCUGACUGAGAUGAAUCAGGAUCCAUUCUUCAUAAUUGAUAUGCAAUUUCAUGAAGUACUGAGUGAAGAGGAAGAGAAAGAUUUGGUCAGCAAAUUGGCAGAGAUUAAAAACCUGGACAUGUUCCUCACUGAACUGCAUGAUCUCAUCAUGAAUAUGAAGGCUAGGGAGUGUAAGCCAUGGUGGCGGUUCAAUCAGACUUUUGAAACAGUCCUAUCAUGUGUCAAAGAACUUGAUGAAGACUGCAUUAGAAGCCUGAUAAAACCUUUUGGUGAAGAACUGGAGAUGAAAAAUGUUAUUGCUCUGUGGAAGCUGGCAGUGCAGAGAAGAGCUGCCCAUGUGUGAGGUCUGUGUAGAACUAGAAUGGUGGAAGAGUUGCUGAUCGUAACUGCUUAAAUCCAGCUUGCUCCAAAACAAAUAAAAAUGUGCGAAUGCUGCAGUAAUAGAUAACCUGUGUGGAACAAAUUAGACUUAAAGUGUUUUGCUUAGACUUAAAGAUUGUUUGCUUAAAAUUUAAAGUAUGUUUGCUUAGACUUAAAUAAUGUUUUCUUAAAACUUAAAAUGUUUUUGCUUAGAUUUAAAAGGUUUUGUUUUAGAUUCAAAGUGUGUUAUGUUUAAAUGAAAUGUGUUUUGAACAAGUGUAAGAAAAAGGCAUACUAGCAGUAAAAAAACUGUAGGCCAGUGAGGGGUCAAUGAGAAGUCACCGGACAAGAGAAAGACGAAACAGAAAACCAUUCAUUCAUGGCAGGAAGCGAUAAGAUCAAGCUAGGGCAUACAGCUCGCUCGAAAAAGUAUACUGGACUUCGGACUUCGCAGAUUGAGAAGCAGAGAUGUAGGCUUGAAAGCAUUUUAUUUUUAUUUUUUUGUACUUAAUAAAGUCAAACCCCUAACCUUUGGUUUUGUUUAAAAGAC